AUGCCUACUAAACGUGCAAGGAAAAAUCCAUCGGUGGCACAGAAACCGCCUUCCCCUCCGCUGUCCGAGAAGAAUGCCGUCAUCACGCAAGAUAUCCCAGAGGAAGAGGGAGCAAAGCGAGAAUCUACCCUUCGAGAUGAGUCGUACACACCUGAGCUAUUCGACGAAGACGAGGAGAUGCCCGAAGAAACGGAGAAUACUAUCGACCCCGACACUGGGAAAGCAGCCAAAAGAACGGCGGAAUACGCACUAGGAGGGGGAGGGUACAACGCACUCAAGUCGUACAAAGGACAGAUGUACUCCGGAAUGGCUGUUGGAGGAUCGCACACCUGGACAUACGACCAAGGGACGUGGAAGGAAACCAAGGAAGAACCCGAUCUCUGGAGAAUCGACUACCAGACGAACAAAAGACGAGCGAGGAAAGCGCCUACAGGGAGUGGUGCGCCAGUGGGAACCGAGUAUCACUGGCUGAUUGUAGGCCAUCAGCAUGUGAAGAAAAUCGAUGCCAAUACGUACGAGACGCACCUCACAGGCUCGAAGUAUAAACUGGCGUACAAGUCCGCGUCAUCGAACGCUUGGUCGAUUCCGACAGUCAAGAAGCAACGGGAGCGGGAAGUCGAAUUGCUGGAUGACGCCAAACAACGCGUCCAGGGACUGCCGCCUGUGCUGGCAUCAGAGAAGGUCAAGGUUGAGAAACGCGAAAAGGGCCAGCAAAGACUCGACAGCAUGUUUGGAAAGGCUGCAGGCGUAAAACGAAAGGCGGAUGAAAAUGCCUGA